AUGGCUGAAGCAAUGUCUGUAGGACAAACAGAAACGCGAGAUGGGCGCUACCGCCUAGUAGAGCAGGUUAGAAGCUCGCUAUUCAUUAUACUGCAAACAGGCGGUACACAGCAAAAUGUACUGCAACUUCGAAGAGACGUACGAGAAGUUGUGGAUUUGAAAGCAGCGCAUUACCUUUACUGUGGACUCCAAGAGGACUUCACCAAGUACGUCAUCAGCACCAUCCGCAAACCCUUGCUGUUAGCAAGUACAGAGGAAUUCAUGGCGAUACUCACGAAGGAGUGGCGAAACUAUGAGAGGAACACGAAGAUGAUCAGCGAUAUAGCCAAGUAUGUGGACAUCAUUUAUGUGCCUGAGGCCGGCGCAAACACAUUGACAAAGGCAGCGAUACUAAUCUUUCGUGACGAGGUGGCGUGCCACGUCGACGUCAGGGACCGCCUCCGCGACACUAUGCUUGGCAUGGUGAAGAUGGAUCGUCAAGGCACGUUGAUCGACCGGAGCACGUUGAAGCUGGCUAGUGAUAUGCUCAUAUGGGUGGGUACAGAGUCUAAAAAUGUGUAUGAGGAAGGAUUUGAAAAGUCGUUUCUAGAUGAAUCGGCGCAGUUCUACUAUGAAGUAGGAGAACGUGACAUUGAGAUUAUGAGGGCCUUCGAUUACAUAGCCAAGGCUGAACAAUACAUCAGUGAGGAAGCGGAGAGAGCCAAGCAAUGCUUGGAUGAAGCUACAGUUGAUCGCCUUACACAUUUGGUAAAGGCGCAGCUCAUAGGAAGACAUAUGCGAACACUCCUUGAAAUGAAUGGAUCAGGUGUUGAGCAUAUGCUCAAAAACAGGAUGUUUGAACACUUGGCUCGCACAUUCCGUGUGAUGCAUAGCGUGGACGGGGGAACGCGUAUGUUGCUUGAUUGUGUGAGCCAAUACUUCCGACAGAUGGGAAUCUCGAUAGUCAAGAACCAUGGGGAAUCCUCGAGUUUGAUGGCCCAACUGCUGGAUUUAAAAAGUGACUACGACACCGUGAUAGAGCGCUGCUUUGCAGAUCAUCAAGAGGCGAAAGAAUCAGCAAGUCUUGACUUUGAUUAUAUACUGAGUUCUGUAAAGCAAGCACCUCAACAGCUUGCAUCUUUUGUUGACGUUAUUAUACGUCAUGAUAUUGAAAACUUUAAUAGCGAAGAAAUUGAUAAAUUUUUCAACAAAGUUGCAUCGCUAUUUGGGUCACUUCAGGAGCAGCACGUCUUUGAAAGACACUACAAGCACCUGCUUGCAAAGCGGCUCAUUCGAAACAAUUGCGCUUUGGAACACGUUGAACGGCUUGCCCUGUUGAAAAUCAGGGCUGCAAACGAAAAUGUUUUCAUCGACGGCAUUGAAAUACUUUUUCGUGACAUGAAACGAUCCCAGCGGCUUAGUGCCACUUUCAGUAAUGCUAUGCGAAACAUCGGUAUUGAAAAUGACGGUGUUGACAUCAAUAUGAUGGUUUUAACUAAGGGCUUUUGGCCCCUAGUUGUGGCAUCUCAGCCUGUGACGCUUCCCAAGAUAUGCAGGAGAGCUUUAGAAAAUUUUAUGCUGUUCUGCUCGGGCAAAGGCUGGAAUUUGGAACUACAGCCUCAUCUUGGAUGGGCGGACAUGACAGCCAUCUUCUACGGGCCCCGAAAUGAGGAUCAGCCCUCUACAUCUGACGCAGUGAGCACAUCACUUUAUCCUCGAACCUAUGACAUCAAGGUGACGACUUAUCAGAUGUGUGUCCUGAUGAUGUUUAACAAUCACGAAAAAAUUUCGUAUGGAGACAUUGCGUCGGAGACGAAAAUCCCGGAGACAACCCUUAUACGGGCAUUGAAUUCACUGUGCAUGGGCAGAGCCCAGGCGCCUGUGCUUAACAAGAAGCCCGCCUCAAACGAGAUUGAGAGCGACGACAUCUUUACUGUCAACGACUCCUUCACGUCCAACGCAGACAAUGUCAACAUUGAAUCAACAUCCAGUAACGAGCCAGCGUUCAACCUUCACGAUGAACAAAAGUACACACUAGAAGCAGCCAUAGUAAGAACGAUGAAGGCCCACCGAAAGAUGACGCAUGAUGACUUGUUCACCGAGGUGACACAUUUGCUGCGGGAUACGUACACGCCGAGUCGAAUGGUGUUCAAGACAAGGAUCGAGGCCCUCCUAGAGAGAGAGUAUCUGGAGAGGGACCCAGAGAACAAUGAAGUUUACAUCUAUGUGCCUUAA